CUAACUAGUUUGGGAACCAGUCAACGAUGGUCAAAGGUCACCAAUUCUGUCAAAGUAGCAACAAAAUAUUAUUAUGUUCCUGGUCGUUUGUUUUUAUCGACAUGUGUAAAUAAUGGUUUAGUAUAACAAUAUGUAAUGGAGAACAAUGUUUAGCAGCAUUCUGAUGUAAACCUGAUCUGUUUGUAACAAAAUAGAGGUUGAAAAAAUGAGUGGAUUUGUAGGAGACUUGAGUCCACAACAGACAGCAGUAUUGGAGAAGUUCCGACAAAAUGUGAAAGAUGUUCUCAAACCAAAGCAAGGAGAUUACUAUUUGUUACGUUGGCUUAGAGCUCGAGAUUUCGAUGAGAAGAAAGCGGAGAAGAUGCUGAGAGAUGCAUUGCAAUGGAGACAGGAAAUGGGUGCUGACACCAUAUUAGAAGAUUACCAGCCAAUUGAAGUUCUGGAGAAGUACCGGACUGGAGGCAUAUUGGGCAGAGAUAAAUCCGGAUGUCCUAUAUACAUAGAUCCAUAUGGUCUAAUUGAUAUGAAAGGUUUAUUACGAUCAGUAAAGAAGCAAGAUAUAUUGAAGAAAUUUGUACAAGUGAUGGAAUCAGUAGGAAAAAUUUGUGAAGAGGAAUCAAAAAAGCAAGGCAGACAUCUUGAACAGCUUACUGUUAUAUAUGAUUUGAAGUGGUUCGGCUUAAAACAUAUGUGGAAACCAGCGGUAGAUAUGUAUCUAGCAAUAGUAGAUGCAUCUGAAAGUCGCUAUCCCGAGGUGCUCAGACGUGCUUUCGUUAUAAACAGUCCUAAAAUAUUUCCAAUCAUAUGGUCAAUAGUGAGACCUUUUCUCCAUGAAAAUACGGCAAACAAGGUUGUAGUUUUGUCAGGUAAUUAUAAAGAAGCACUAUUGAAGGAGAUUUCCCCAGAUCAGCUUCCAGCAUGUUACGGUGGAACGUUAACAGACCCUGAUGGAGACCCUAGAUGUAAAACAUAUAUAUGUCAAGGAGGAACAGUCCCAAAAGAGUGUUACAGCCAGGCUGUGCCACAUCAUGCCAUGUUGACUGGAAAUAUAGGUCGAGGUUCAACAUUACAGUUAGAAUAUGAGGUUCAUGAACCUAAUAGUAUACUUAGGUAUGAAUUUCAAACAGAUGGUUAUGAUAUAGGUUUUGGUGUGUUUAGAAAGAAUUCCAAAGAAAGAUUAAAAGCUAGUGAAAUGGACACUAUAUUGUCAACACAACGAUCAAACUGUCAUCUAGUCCCUGAAGAUGGUGCUGUAGAAUGUGACUCGCCUGGUAUAUAUGUGGUAAGGUUUGACAACACGUACAGUUGGGCCAGAAGUAAAAAAGUCUACUACGUCAUUGAAGUACUGGAGACUGAAUCAAAAUCCAACAUGGAAGUCAGCAAUGAUGAUGAUGACAAUGAUGAUGAUGAUGAUGAAUUUGUAAUGGCACAGGAUACUGCAUUUUAGAUUUUGUUCCAUUUAUGGUCACACAUCAUUGACUUUGACAUUACUUAUGAUCAGUUUUGCCAUUGCAUCUUAAAUUUAACCAUUUAAAUUUGUUUUGAUGAUGGUGGUGAUGUUAAGUAAUGUGUUCAAGAGGAUGAUGAUGUUUGAGAUACUACCUUGACUAUACCAAUUCAUCAGAGUGAUGAUAAUGAUGUAAAGGAAAUAAUGAUGAUGAUGAUGAAUUUGGUAUGGUUCAAGAUAAUACAUUGUAUGUCAGUUACUUAGAUGACAAUGACAAAUUGUUGAUUGUUAAGUAUACAGCAUUUUACACUAUGCCAUGACUUCUGUACUUAUGACAUAUUAAAUGAUGAUGGUGAUGAUGAUAGAUUUAUAACUGCACAGGAUAUUGUAUUUUAGAUUGUACCAUUUUAUUUACAUUGAUUGGCAUAAAACUGAUGAUGAUGGUGAUGAUUAUAUUUAUGAUGGCACAUGAAACUGUAUCUAAUGUACUGUUAAGUGUUCAUUUUGAUGGUGAUGAUGAUGAUAUGUUGAUGAUGAUGAUGAUGAUAACGUUUGUAAUGUAAUGAUAGAAUAUGUUAUGAGUUAUACAUUAUCAUUUACAUUUACAUUAAUCAGUAUGAUGAUGAUGACAAUGAUGCUGUUGUUGAUGAUGACAGCAACAUGUAGAACAGUUUACUUUGUGUUAAGAGUAUAACAUUUAUUUAUAUCCAUUCCACAAAAGAUCUCACGAUGACUGGCUCAAAAGUCAGAGAAAGCAUAUGUACAUUUCAAAGCUAUGCUAUUUUAGUUUGUGUUUUUAAAGCUUUCAUCACCUGUUACUAAUUUUCUGAUACAGUGGCAGUCUGAAUUGCCUAUAGUUGCCUGUAGUUAAUGGUUUGAUAUCUAUGGAAGGCUUGUGCAGCAUGCAAAUUGCCAAAUGCUUUAAUGACAAAAGUGUAAUGCAAUUGAAAUACCAGUUACUUAAUGCUAAAUGCCAAAUACUUAAUGCUAAGUGCUGCUUAUCAAAGCUUUAUAUCAUAGACUAACCACGAAAUGUCAGAUAACUAUAAUGCUUAUUGCCAAAUGGCAAGCUCUGAUUGUCAAAUUCUUUAAUCAUACUGGUGGGAACAGCAUAUGUGUCCAAAUAAAAGUAGCAUUCAUAUAACUCCAAUUUCUAUAAAUUCAAGCAAUUUGUUGGUUAAGGUAGUUCUGCACUUUUGGAUCGAAAUUUUUUCUACAAUGUAGAAUUUGAUUAAACUCUGAUUUUUCAAAACUUCGGAAUAUACUUAGAAAAAUCAGCAAAUAAAAAAGAUAGGGUCGUACGCUUGAUUUUUUGCUAGAACUGUUUU